UGUUAUGAUUAAAAAAACGAAAAUCAGCAAAGGACGAACAUGUGCGUUCAGUCGAAUUAAUUGUUGUUUCGAUAGUUGCUCAGUGAUUGUGUUUUACCCACUCGGAAAUCGUGCUGAUAAAAUGAUAAUGUAUCUGAUUUUAAAGUAAUUUGUAAGAUGUUUGUGGUGUAAUCAGUGAUCGUUAUUUACUUGUUGUCGUUUGGUAUUUGUUUUGGAGUUAGAGAUGUGCUGGUACUGUUGGAGGAAUAGACAGAAAUGGCGGCCACCGCACGAUCACGAAGAAAGCGCCGUAGAAGAGCAACACAGACGACCGGCAGUUUAUCAAAGUGUCUCCGAACUUAGCCCUAAGGAACCCCAAUUUACUUCUAAAACUCACGAAGAUGAAAACCUCAUCAAAGGCGCAAUCGAACGAAAUGACUUUUUGUCAAGAGUAAUAACCGGGGAUAUUCUUAAGGAUGUAAUAGCUGCAAUGUACAAAAGCGACAUAAAAGCCAACGAUGUUAUUAUAAAAGAAGGAAACACCGGCUCACACAUGUACGUCUCUAUUCGAGGAACCUUCGAAAUAAAAACAUCAAGAUCGAAGAACAUCACGACUUUCGAGGACGUCAGGAUCUUCGGCGAACUGGCCAUUCUGUACGAUGCGAAACGAAUGGCGACCAUUCGAGCGGUCACCGACGCCACCGUUUGGGUCCUCGACGCCCCGGUCUACCACCGAAUUCUGGUCAAAUACAAUUACAAAGAGCACGACGAACGGGUGGAUUUUCUGAUCAGAUGCGACGUGCUGCGCGAUUCCGGCGAGAAAAUGCUGAAAAUGCUGGCCAGCGCUCUGGUUUCCGAGCAAUAUCCCGGCGGAAAGGUCAUCAUCAAAGAGGGCGAUAAGGGUAAUAAGUUCUACAUAGUCCGGGCCGGUACAGUGACAGUGACCAAAGAAGGGCAAGGAAAUUUGGGCUCGUUCGGAAAGGGCUACUACUUCGGGGAGCGGGCGCUGUUGGAGGAGACGCGUCGACAAGCGACUGUCACCGCGGACGAUCCUCUGGUGGAAUGCCUCGCGAUUUCCAGGAAGCUGUUUAUAGAAAUAAAGGACUAUUUGAAAGUAACGCCUAGAAGCUCGAAUUCCAUGCUAUCGAAUCAAUUUAACGAAAUCCAAUUGAAGGACCUGAAAAUAGUGUACACUAUCGGAGAAGGCGGUUUCGGGCGAGUGGAGUUGGUUAUGUUGAAAGAAAACAAAAAUCAGUGUUUUGCUUUAAAAAUGAUGAGCAAGUACACUAUCGUGAAAGAUAAUAGACAACAACAAGCUAUAAAUGAGAGAUUACAGAUCUCCUGUGAUUCUCCAUUCAUCGUAAAAAUGUACAAAACCUUUAGAGAUACUCGAUAUAUUUUUUACUUGAUGGAAUAUUGCUCAGGUGGUGACCUUUGGAGCCUUCUAUAUAAAAAUCAAAAAAAUCACCAAUUCAGCGAAAAAGAGGCCAAAUUCAUAACAGGUUGCGUGUUGGAGGGUUUGGAGUAUUUGCAUAAUAAAAAUAUAAUAUACAGGGACCUGAAACCGGAGAACAUCAUGCUCACCGCCACCGGUUACUUCAAACUAACCGACUUCGGCUACAUCAAGAGACUGGCUAAAUUCGAGAAGACCUUCACGUUUGCCGGAACCGUGGAGUACGUAGCGCCCGAAGUAGCCCGGAAGGGCACCUACGGACGCGCCGUGGAUUACUGGGCGUGCGGGGUUUUCAUCUUCGAAAUGCUCUGCGGCAAAACGCCCUUCAGCUCGAUGGACUACAACGACGCGAAAAUAUUCAAGAACAUCCUGAACGGCAUCGAGAAGAUCCGGUUCCCCGAAGCGGUCAGUCCGCCGGCGAAGGAUUUGAUAAAGAGGCUUUGCCGGGAAAAUCCGUCGGAGAGGAUCGGAAUCGAGGACAUCAAACAGCACAGGUGGUACGAGGGAUUCGACUGGCCCAAAUUGCAGAAGUUUCAAAUGAAGACGCCGUUCAAGAAUCAAAGCAAGUCGUACAGGAGCAGGAGGUAUGUACCUGAUAAGAGCCUUCCACCGCCGGAGGACUCCGGUUGGGAUGACGGUAUAUUUUGAUGUGGUUUUAUAGCUAAAGUACAUGUGGAUAUGUUCAUUAAUUGUUUUAAUUUAUUUAGCAAUUAUUAUCAUAAAUAUUUAGAAACAUAAAUUUGAAUUUUGUAACCACUCACCAUUAUUACAUUAUUUCUACAACUUUGUUUGUAUCUUUAUUCUAUUGUAAGUCAGUAUAUGUACAAAUUUGUCAUAAUAAAACGGUAAAUAUUUCUAA